AUGAGUUUUGCCCGGAGAGGCUUAGCCGAGGUCAUGCAGAAGAGCCAAUCCAAACGCAAGUCGAUGCUUCGAGACGACUGCAUAUGGGGUAUUUGGCUUCUUAAAGCUAUAAGAGAGCACUGUGGCCGGAGCCGGUAUCACUCGGGUGGUUUGGAGAAGCGCAUCAUUGGCGGCGUGGAGUCGCGACAAUUCGAGUGGCCCUGGUUGGUGUCCAUUCAGCUCCAACAGGAAAUACCGGCUAACCAGGCUGGCAACACAGUCGCACUGGAGGCGAUAACACAAACGCCGAAGAAGCGACAACCGAACUUGCGUUUGCUCUUUGAGCGCCUCAGUUCGGAGGACGAACCCGAGGCGAGGGAGGCGAUCAUGCAGGAGAUCAUCAAGAUUGUUAGCGAUCAGCACCCAGCCGGCAACAUGACAGCGCCCUCCAGGACGAACCAGGAGAAACUGGCAGGUCACAUCUGCGGCGGCACCCUCAUCAGCCCAUCGUGGAUCCUUACGGCUAAGCAUUGCUUCGACUCCCAGCUGAACCCCUCUCUGACGGCAGAUCCGUCGCGGUGGAUGGUUCGCGUGGGUGAGCACAAUCUCCACAAACCUGAAGAGUUUCAAGUUGAUCACGAAGUGGAAAAAAUCAUCGUCUACCCUUCAGCUGACGAUGUUUAUGACAGCGAGGCGGGCGUUCGAGAUGACAUCGCACUCAUCAAACUGCGAAAUCCCGUCAAAUUUAACAAAAAUGUCCAACCCGCCUGUCUGCCCUACCCCGGGGAACAAUUCAAGGCUGGAAGUGUCUGUGCCGUGGCCGGUUGGGGUGUCACUGAGGAAGGGGCGCAAUUAUCACCGACUCUGCGACACAUCAGGGUGCCUCUGAUAUCGCGCGAGGAGUGCAAGGACAUUUUCGCGCCCCUGAUGCUAUGGAGUCCGAGUUUUCAAAUCCUCCCUUCAGUUUUAUGCGCGGGAAACAUGGGACGAAUGGACGCUUGUCAGCUAGGUGAGGACAUCACGAUCACUGAUGUGGGCGCCAAGACCUGGUGGCGGGACAGGCACACAGAUGGACGAUCGAAUGCACCGUCUAAUGCCCCUCUUUCUUCCCUGCAGUACGAUUCCGGGGGCCCGUUGAUGUGCUCCUCCGACGUCGAUGACCAGUACAUCGUCGUGGGCAUAAUCUCCUUCGGAUUCAAAUGCGCCUCCGGAUAUCCCGGAAUCUACACACGGGUGACCUCGUUCCUGGACUGGAUUCACGACAUCACCGCCAACCACUAG